UUAUAUAUUUUUUUUAUAUACAUCCAUCCCGUUUGAAUCGUUCAAUCUAUCCAUUCUUCUUUCCCAUCAUCAUCAUCAUUAAUCAUAACUUUUUUUCUUUUUUUUUCCCCCCAUUAUCUCUCUUUCUCUCUCUAGGGUUUGUUUGAUUUCCCCCUAAAUCCACCAUUCAAAGAAAGGAAGGAUGACAAGCCAAAGAGGGAACUUCUUGCCUCCGGGUUUGGUUUCGAAUCUUCAAGAUGCUCUCAACAAAAAAAACAAACAGACAAACAACAAUGUUGGUGAUGACGAUGAUACAAAGAAAGACAAUGAAACAUCUUCCUCUUCUUAUUCUUCAGAUAAUAAUAAUAAUAAUAAUAAUAAUAAUAAUAAUAAUGUUGAGGUUGAGUAUGAUCCUUCAAAGCCAGUUGUAUUUGUCACAAACAGCGAUGGCAUUGAUUCGCCUGGUUUGACUUUUCUUGUUCAAGCUCUUGUGGAUGAAGGUCUUUACAAUGUCUCUGUUUGCGCCCCUCAAUUUGAUAAAUCAUUUUCUGGCCACUCGUUUACAUUUCAAGAAUCAAUUGCGGUAACCUCUGCUGAAAUUAAAGGUGCCACUGCCUAUGAGAUAUCAGGCACCCCUGUGGAUUGUGUUUCACUAGCAUUAUCUGGGGCAGUGUUUGCGUGGUCAAAGCCGACACUGGUGAUUGUUGGAGUAAAUAAAGGUUCAAGCUUGGGCCAUGAUAUGUUUUCCUCGAGUGCUGUAGCUGGAGCUAGACAAGCCUUAUUUAGUGGGAUAGCAUCGCUAUCAGUUUCCCUAGACUGGAAAAAGGGUGAAAGUCAAGAAAGUCAUUUUAAGGACGCUGUGUCGGUUUGUAUGCCAGUAAUAAAAGCAGCCAUUAGAGAUGCAGAGAAAGGGGUCUUCCCUAAAAGUUCUUCAUUGCAUAUAACUGUUCCUGCAUCCCCUACGGAGAACAAGGGAUUUAAGUUGACAAAAAAGAGUUUAAGCAAAUCUAAACCAAUUUGGCAAGCAAUUGCAGCCAACAGGAACCCUUCAGCUUCACGUUUUAUGGCCAAUCAACCAGGCAUGGGCUUGCAGCUUGCGCAGCUUGGUCGAGAUGCAUCUGCAGCAGGUGCAGCUAGGCGGUUAAACUCACAAAAGAAGAGCUUGGAGGUUGUUGAAUCAGUUGGGGUAUCUGGAAAACUUGACCUUACUAGGACAGUUAAAUACUUCAGGCUAGAGUUUCAAGACUCUAAUGAGGAAGGCACAGAUGAGAAUCUUGAUUUUAGAGCACUUCAAGACGGAUUUGUUUCUGUUACUCCAAUCUCUAUUCCUACACUGAUCGACCCAGACAUUGAAAAAGCUGCAUCGGAGUGGAUUUCUGAUGCAGUUCAUACCGAUGACUAAAGUGCAAUACUCGUGUAUGUGUAUAUUUGGAGGUGCAAACUGGAAUUUAAACUUUUAGCAAUUAUUUAAAGGAAGUGACAUUAUUUCUGGGUUGUGUCCUCAAGUUAGAAUUUUUUCUUAACUUAAUUUAAUUUAUAUUGGGUGAAAAAAUAUUUCCCCCUAAAGAUUGUUGCAUGUUCUAAAAGACCUUUAUGGCCUUUUGAUUAUUUAUUUGCUGACAAAGUUGUCACCAAAUUGUUUUUUGUUUCAUAUUUGUUUUUUUCCUUCCAAAUGUAACUUUGAUUUGAAUUGUAAUUUUGUAGUUUGUUUAAAAGGAUAUAUAUAUAUAUACUGCUAUUUUAAGGUUA